CGCGAAUCGCGCGGUACCACCGUCGCGGGCAGGCUCGGCCACGAGCGCCGGAGCCCCGCGCCUCCCCGCGAGGCGUCUCCAAAGUCCCUGCCCCGCCGCGGAGCGUCACUUCCGCCAUCCCAGGCCGGGGUUGGGGCGGGGCGCGCGGGGGAGGGGGCCAGGUCGGAGGGAAGCCCGCCAGUGCCCGAGCCCGCGCCUGAGCAGGGACUACAUUUCCCGAGGGGCCUAGGCGGCGGCUGCGGCGACGGGCGCGGCAACGUCCCCCGGAAGUGGAGCCUGGGACUUCCACUCGUGCGUGAGGCGAGCGGAGCCGGAGACGAGACCAGAGGCCGAACUCGGGUUCUGACAAGAUGGCCGGGCUGCCCCGCAGGAUCAUCAAGGAAACCCAGCGUUUGCUGGCAGAACCAGUUCCUGGCAUCAAAGCAGAACCAGAUGAGAGCAACGCCCGUUAUUUUCAUGUGGUCAUUGCUGGCCCUCAAGAUUCCCCCUUUGAGGGAGGGACUUUUAAACUUGAACUAUUCCUUCCUGAAGAAUACCCAAUGGCAGCCCCUAAAGUACGUUUCAUGACCAAAAUUUAUCAUCCUAAUGUAGACAAGUUGGGAAGAAUAUGUUUAGAUAUUUUGAAAGAUAAGUGGUCCCCAGCACUGCAGAUCCGCACAGUUCUGCUAUCGAUCCAGGCCUUGUUAAGUGCUCCCAAUCCAGAUGAUCCAUUAGCAAAUGAUGUAGCGGAGCAGUGGAAGACCAACGAAGCCCAAGCCAUAGAAACAGCUAGAGCAUGGACUAGGCUAUAUGCCAUGAAUAAUAUUUAAAUUGAUCCGAUCAUCAAGUGUGCAUCACUUCUCCUGUUCUGCCAAGACUUCCUCCUUUUUGUUUGCAUUUAAUGGACACAGUCUUAGAAACAUUACAGAAUAAAAAAGCCCAGACAUCUUCAGUCCUUUGGUGAUUAAAUGCACAUUAGCAAAUCUAUGUCUUGUCCUGAUUCACUGUCAUAAAGCAUGAACAGAGGCUAGAAGUAUCAUCUGGAUUGUUGUGAAACGUUUAAAAGCAGUGGCCCCUCCCUGCUUUUAUUCAUUUCCCCCAUCCUGGUUUAAGUAUAAAGCACUGUGAAUGAAGGUAGUUGUCAGGUUAGCUGCAGGGGUGUGGGUGUUUUUCUUUAUUUUAUUUUAUUUUUUUUGAGGGGGGAGGUAGUUUUAUUUUUAAUUUUAUGGGCUCCUUUCCCCCUUUUUUGGUGAUCUAAUUGCAUUGGUUAAAAGCAGCUAACCAGGUCUUUAGAAUAUGCUCUCUAGCCAAGUCUAACUUUAUUUAGACGCUGUAGAUGGACAAGCUUGAUUGUUUGAACCAAAAUGGGAACAUUAAACAAACAUCACAGCCCUCACUAAUAACAUUGCUGUCAAGUGUAGAUUCCCCCCUUCAAAAAAAGCUUGUGACCAUUUUGUAUGGCUUGUCUGGAAACUUCUGUAAAUCUUAUGUUUUAGUAAAAUAUUUUUUGUUAUUCUACUUUGCCUUUGUACAGUUUAUUUUACUGUGUUUAUUUUAUUUUCCCAAUGUGACAAUCGUAUUUUAAAAUUAAAACUAUGGAACAUUCUGUCUUGGUCUUCACCAUCUGGCAAAUUGAAUGGCAAGAGGUGGAUUUCACCAGUUUCUUUUCACUGAUGCAGAUUUGUAUUAAGAUAGUACUGAAUGGAGUAUUUAUAAACUGGCCCUGAGCAUGCAUAAAGCAUCAGUAUCUGACCUUUUUUUAACCUCCUAGGAAUUUGAAAUAAAUGUGUUUGUGUUGUCUGAUUAGACGAUCAUUGGUGUCUUGCCACAAUGUUUAAAAAUUACUGUACAGGAAAGUCACAGCAAAGAUAGCAGUUGUGACUGACAUGUAGGACUUUCACAGUUGUGCCACAUUUUUGCCUAAAAUUUGGGUUAUGACCUUUUUCUUGGUUCUUGUCUGAAAAUUUCAUCUGUAACCUUUCAUGUGUGUUAUUAAGAAACACUGAUCUGAUAAUCAUUUGGGAUUUGCUGAGGCAUUUGUGAGUCUUCCUUAUAAACCUGAUGAGCAGAUCUCAAGCAUCCAGCUUGUGUGUCAUCAGAAAGGUUUAUUCCUUUGAGAGUAGCAAGUCCUCAAUUAAUGAUUCUUGCUUUCAUCCCUCUAGUAUUUGCUAUGGGAGCUCCUUUUAUUCUUUAAUUUGGAAUUCAGUAAUUUUUCUUCUUUAUUGACAGAAUUCCUCCCCUCACAAAACUGUUCUUUCCCACUUCUCUCCAUAUCUAAUUCCUGAUUCUUGUAAUUUUUAAGUCAUAAAUGUAGCCAGUCAUAAAUACAUAAAUGUUAACCUUGGGUUGGAACCUUGUCUCUUGCAGUUUAAGGUAAUGGAUAUUGUAGCCCAUCUGAAUUUUCUUCACUCUUUUUCUCGUAAUUCUGGAGUUUCUUCAGAUUGUGGUGUAUUUUAUUGUGCUCCUAUGUAAGAUGAAGAAUUAACUAUUAAAAUUACAUUUUCAACAUA